AAUAUCAUCACGUUCAAUAAUUUUGAACUUUUACAAUGUUCAGAUGGCACCAACUCAGGCUACCGUGGUCGCCCAGUUCCGCGACUAUCACGCCGAGAAGUUCUCAGGGCAGGGAGACCCUCGCGUAGUUGACGAGUGGAUUCAGGGCCUGGAGUUUAUCUUCGAGGUCAUGGAGUGCCCUGAGAGAUAUCGCGUCAUUUGCGCUCAGCUUCAGCUCACCGGAGAUGCUAGGCUCUGGUGGAACGCUUACUGGGGCAUGCGCCCCGGUGAGAAGGCGGGAUGUACGUGGGAGAUGUUCAAGGACUUAGUCCGCGAGAAGUACUAUCCCACCUACUACAGAGCAGAGAUGGAGCGUCAGUUUCUAUCGCUCCGGCAGGGUACUCGUACUGUCGACGAGUAUGAGAGAGAGUUCACGAGACUUGCAGCUUUUGUUCCUGAUCUGGUCCGCACGGAGGCCCAGCGAGUGCAGCGUUUCAUUGACGGGCUUUACCCAGCAGUCCGUCAUAACAUCGUAGGUCACGGGACCCAGACGUAUGCUCGUGCAGUCUCCAUUACUCAGGAGGUGGAUGCUAGCCUUAGGAGGGAGGCCGUUCGUGGUCAGUCGUCUUCAGUUCCACCGGUGUCAGCUUUACCAUCUACCCAGCCGCUGAAGAACAACAAGAGGAAGGAUAAGGGUGCCCAGACAGAUAAGAGGGCCCGGAAGAGGCUUCAGCAGGUUCCGCAGUGCCCGACAUGUGGGCGACAUCACCGAGGCGAGUUUCACUUUGGUCAGGAUGU